AUGCGCGCUAAGCGCGUCGACAAUACGUGGCUUGUCACGACACGUGCUCUCGAUUCUCAACAAGAACAGACGCACACAUUCGACUACAUCGUGGCGGCACAUGGACGGUGUAAUGCGCCGUAUAUCCCUGCCAUCCCAGGCAUAUCAAAUUUUCGUGGGCGACAGAUUCACAGCGCCUGGUACAGGUACCCAGAUACGCUGCAGGCACGACGCAUCUUGAUCGUGGGGAACAACUCAUCUGGUGCAGAUAUUGCACGUGAAUUGUGUGGUGGUGCCGUCCGCACAUGGCCCACCGCAGCUUCUUGGGAGAGGCAGCUGCAAGAUGUUUCGGUGUUUCACUCAUACCAAGAUCCAACGAAACCUCCACCGGUGGACUUCGAUCCUCGUGACGAGUCAAGUCCGUCGUGGUGCCGGAGGAUCCAAGUCGUUGGACCUAUCCAGUAUAUCGACGAGCAAGGCGUGAUUGUAUUCCAUGAUGGACGUCGUCUUACCAACAUUGACAUGAUCGUCUGGGCAACAGGCUUCUUGUACCAAGUGCCGUUCUUCCACGCGAGCGAUCCGCCCUUUGCUGAAUCGCCUCUUGUCGUUCGUGAUGAGCAUACACGCGCGAUUCCGUCGGUUUCGGCAGUAAGUGUACUGCAUCAACUAGAUGACUGGAUGCUUUUUUAUCGAACAGAGCCGAGCGUUUGUUUCUUGGGCUUGCCGAAUCGCAUUGUUCCAUUUCCCAUGGUGCAGCUGCAAGCUCGCGUGGCGGCGCAUAUUUGGCUGAACAAGAUGCAUCCAUUGCCACGCGCGCGUGCAGAACUUCGUAUCAAUGAUCCAGAGCGUUGGAACAUUCGGAGCAUGGAUACAUCGAGUAGUGUAGCAUUGGAUCAAGCGCAGCCUGGACCACGUCGCUUCGAAAGCCCCGACGUCUGGGGGGACUUUACGAUGGGCGCGGACGCCGAAGCUGCGUACACGGAUGCUUUGUUGAGUCUGCUGCCAGCUGCAAGUAAUGCGCCAGAAUGGGCACCGUUCCCUACUUGGCGCCGCGAGCUCCGAAAGCAAGGGAAGGCGAAACGACGGGAGAUCCUGGGAUACUAG